GAUUGGAGGCACGUUCUGUCAUUGAUUGUAUCAGAGUUUGAUUGGCUUGAAAAAUUAGACGGUGGAUCUAGUUACAGAGAACGGGGUUCUGUUGUUAAUGGUUGUUUGGUCUCAGCUAUGAUGAUACAAGGCUUUAAAAGCAGCAAUCAAGAAUUCAAAUUUGGACCAUGGCAACUCACUGCAAUCAAAACCCACAUCAUGAAAUCAGCUGAUGCUGAGAAACUGGCUGAAGAGAUGAGCAUGCCGUGUCUACCAGAGAUGAUGUUUGGGGAUAAUGUCUUGAGAAUUCAACAUACCUCUGGGUUUGGCAUAGAAUUUAAUGCUAAGGAUGCUUUGAAAGUUGUGAAAAGUAACCAAGCGUCUUUAAAAGUUGCAUGUGCUGAGGAGUGGCAGGAGAGCAGAUCAGAUAGCGAGCACAAUAAAGAGGUUGUAAAACCUUAUGAUUGGACAUAUACAACGGACUACAAGGGAACAUUGCUUGGUGACAAUAUGAAACUUAAUGUUAUCCCAACAACAGAUAAGAUAAACACAGAGAAAUUGAAAGCAAGAGAGCAGAUAAUGUUCUUUGAGGAGGUCCUGCUGUUUGAAGAUGAAUUACAUGACCAUGGAGUGUCCAGUCUAAGUGUUAAAAUUAGAGUGAUGCCUACAAGCUUUUUUCUUCUCUUGAGAUAUUUUUUGAGGGUGGAUGGUGUACUCAUCCGAAUGAAUGAUACUCGUUUGUAUCAUGAGGCAGACAAGACAUUCAUGCUGAGAGAAUACACAUCCAAGGAGAGUAAAAUUAGUAAUCUUAGCCAUGUUCCUCCUCCUCUCUACACUGAGCCAAAUGAGAUCUCUCAGUAUUUACCUGUUACACAAACCAUUUAUGAAAAAUUAGAAUUUCCAUCACAAGAUUUGGAAAAAGCAGUACUAGUGGAUACAAAAAAUGUGACAGCCCUAUAAACCGCUUACUUCAAUUCUGUAUUUAAGAUAAGAGAGCAGCUGGCAACUUUUCAGUGACUUCAUAACAUCCUACAAGAAAUAUUUUACGUCUACAUACAGAAAAUUAAGCUUGCGCCUCAGAAAUCCCAGUUAUAUGUACAUUGAUUAAAUGAACACACUGGAAUACACUUUUGGGUAUGUUAUAAAAUAACAGACAUGGGGUUUAUUUAAGACUAAGAGACAGCCAGAGUCUUUUUGUAUAAGCUAUUGGCGUUUCUGAAUGUUGAAUUUAACUUCAGUUGCAUGCACCAUUAACUACUUGGAUAGUGAUAAUUUGCUAAACAAAAUUGAGUUGAAAAAACUUGACAUUUUGAAAUGUUAGUCGAGCAAAUAUUUGCAGUCAAAAUAUAUUAUGAUUUUUCUGUUAUGCUCUCUGAUUAAGGUUUUUAAACCAAUGUUGUUAUUAGGUAAUUGUGGCCAUGUACAAAUAAUUGCAAAGGAGUAAGGAACAGCCAUCUAAUAUCCAUUAAUUUAUUAUAAGUCUGAAUCCUGGUGUUUUUUGUUUUUCUAUAAUUGUUAAGGUCACGGGGAAUUUACAUUUAUAAAAUAUAAAUUGUAGCUUAAAUACAAACUGAUUUGUUAUGCAAAAAA